AUGUCGCGGGGCCCAGUUCCGUCUCAGCUUCAUUUGCUGUCAAGCCUACCGGCUCUAUCUAUUGGUGACAAGGUCAGGUUUCUUGGAUGUGUCAUCUCGUACUCAACGUCGUCAGCCUGUCUCUCCCUGGCUCACCUCUACCCGAGAGACACCAAUGUCACCGCCCUUGUGGAUGUCAGCCUGCUGCUUGAGACGCUCACCUCCGAGCAGACACGUGUCGGCGAGUACCUCAACAUCAUAGGCUAUAUCACGGCCAAGAAGGUACUCCGUGAUGUGAAGCUGCCGUCCCGAGAAGAAGUGCAAGUGUCUGUACAAGCUAUCGCACUUUGGUCGACUGGUUCGAUGGAUUUGCAAAAGUACGAAAGGAUCCUUGACCCCCCCAAGUCUGGAGGUUGA